AUGGAGUCGUGGUUUCUCCUCCUUCUGAGCAUCCUGCUGCGCGACAUUGUGCUGGUUGCUGGCAAACAUGUGCGACACGAAAUGACGCUGACCUGGGAGCUGGGAGCCCCUAAUGGUCAGGUACGCGAGAUGAUCAAGAUGAAUGGACAAUUCCCGGGUCCUACAUUCGUUUGGGACGAGGACGAUGAUGUUGAGGUCAUUGUCCAUAAUCGUAUGCCAUUUAACAAUACCGUCCACUGGCAUGGCCUCAUGAUGCAAGGUACUCCCUGGUCCGAUGGUGCCCCCGGUCUCUCGCAAAAACCUAUCGAAAUGGACCAAAGUUUCAUCUAUCGCUUCAAGGCCUCUCCAGCAGGGACUCACUGGUAUCAUGCGCAUUCAAGAGCUACCCUGCUUGACGGCUUAUACGGCUCCAUCUUUAUUCGACCAAAGCCAACGGCGCCGGCACCAUGGGAACUAAUUAGUUCCGAUGAAAAAGAGAUCCAAGCCAUGCGCAAGGCGGCGCUAGAUCCGUCCUUGAUGCUGGUGUCGGACUGGUCUCAAUUCAAAUCAUGGGAGUACAUGAACGCCAUGGAUGAGUCGCGAUUGAGUAUGUUCUGCGUCGAUAGUAUCCUGAUCAACGGCAAAGGCAGUGUCUACUGUCCUGGAGAAGAUUAUCUAGUGCAGCAUACUAGCACUUACAUGAAAUAUGCCUUGUAUCCCGGCCACGUCAGUGAUAAGGGAUGCUUCCCAUUCAUGAAAUCCACUGAAGGAAAGUACCUGUCCGACGGACGACCGGAAAAAGUACCGCUCCAUCUACAAAAAGGAUGUAUACCAUCCAAAGGCGACGAGACAGUAGUCGAAGUCGACCCAGAUGCCAACGGAUGGGUCAGUCUAAACUUCAUCGCUGCUACGACGAUGAAGACGGCCAUGUUUGCCGUUGCUGGCCACCGCAUGUGGGUGUACGAGGUCGACGGUCACUAUGUCGAACCCCAUCUGGUUGAUACAGUAAAAAUGUACGCGGGCGAGCGCUACGCCGUGCUUGUGAAACUCGACCAGCAGCCAGGCGACUACACUAUCCAUGUGCCGGAUAGCGGGCUGACGCAGGUAAUCAGCGCAUAUGCUACGCUGCGAUACAAGACAUCUGGCCGCGACAGGGAACGGCCGCGCAUAGAGAGCGCCCUCACGUACGGUGGUCAAAACACCAGCGAGCUCGUCACGCUCAACCGAGACCAUCUGCCCCCGUACCCGCCUCUGACGCCAGCGCCAAAGGCUGAUGUCCACCAUGUCCUGUAUACGCACCGAUGGCACAGCCCUUGGCAGUACACCAUCAGCGGUGGUGGUAUGUAUGCCGAGGAUCGUAGCGCCUAUGCGCCACUACUAUACGACACGGAGCAGCCCGAUGCGCUCAACGAAAGUCUCGUCAUCCGCACGCGCAACGGUAGUUGGGUCGACCUGGUGCUACAAGUGGGCUCAUUACCCGACCAACCUCAGGAAUUCCCACAUUUUAUCCAUAAGCACACCGGGAAGACAUGGCAGGUCGGCGCCGGCGAGGGUAUCUGGAACUACUCGUCUGUCGAUGAAGCUGCCGCGGCCGAGCCGUCCAGUUUCAACUUUAAAAACCCAAACUACCGCGAUACCUUCGUUACCUCGUUCGACGGACCAUCAUGGAUUGUGCUGCGCUACCAGGUAGUCAACCCGGGUCCAUGGCUAUUCCACUGCCACAUCGAGACCCAUCUGGCCGGCGGCAUGGCCGUGGUCAUCCUCGACGGUAUCGACGCCUGGCCGGAGAUACCACCAGAGUAUGCCGUCGAUGCCUACGGCUUCUUCCCCGGACAGGAACGCCCCGCACAGUUCCUUGACGGGCUGCAGGCAGGUCAGUCUGCGAACAGUUGGAACACGCUGGUGCACAAGAUGAUUGACUUUUUACAAACUACGAUUUCGUAA